GAGAGCCGCGGGGAUGGCGCGGACCUGCCGCGAUUCCCACUUUUAUUAUUACGGCGUCAAAUUCGCGCUCUCCGCCUACGCCACGCUCUUCUCGAUGCUGGGGCUGCUGAUCCUGGGCGUGGGGAUCUACGCCGAGGCGGAGCGGCAGCGGCACAGGACCCUGGAGGGGAUUUUCCUGGCCCCGGCCGUGCUGCUGCUCCUGCUGGGAAUCACCGUGUUCCUCGUGUCCUUCGUGGGAAUGCUCGGCAGCCUCCGCGACAACCGCACCCUGCUCCGGACGUUCUUCUGGGUGCUCCUGCUGAUCUUCCUGACGGAGCUGCUGCUGAUCCUCAUGGAGAUCAUCUUCGAGAGCAAGAUGAACGAGGUUUUCCACUCCAACAUCCAGGAGGGAAUCCGGCACUACUACGAUGACCUGGACUUCAAAAAUAUCCUGGAUUUUGUGCAGGAAAAGUUUUCCUGCUGUGGAGGGGACGAAUUCCGGGAUUGGGAAGUGAACCAGUACCACGCCUGCAACGGCAGCGGGGCCCUGGCCUGCGGGGUGCCCCAUUCCUGCUGCGUCCGCGGGGCUCCUGGAGGAGUGGUGAACACCCUGUGCGGGUACCGCGCCCUGGACAAGCAGCGCCUGGAGCUGAUCGGCACCAUCCACGUCCGGGGCUGCAUCCACGCCGUGGGGCUCUGGCUCAAGGACAACUUCCAGGCCACCUUGGCCAUCGUCUGCUCCCUGCUGCUGCCUCAGGUGCUGGGCCUGGCCAUGGCCUGGCUGCACUGGCAGCAGCUGAACGAGAUCCAUUCCCGCCUGGACUCGGUGGACUCGCGGCUCCUGGCCCGGCGGGAUCCCUGGGCUGGAUCCCUGGACCUGCGCGGCGCCGGCUGGUGCUGGUGCCUGCCCCGGGAGGGCGGCUACGUCCCGGUGGGGCCCGGCGAGGAAGGAGCCGCCGGCCGCGGCCAGGCCUGAGGAGCGGAAGGCGGCGAAAACAACGGGGAUUGUCCUCGCGGCUCCUGAGGUUCCUUUGGGGACGCUGUAAAAUAACGGGGUUUGUCUUCUCAGCUCCCAUUGGGAAAACUGGGAAAUAACGGGAUUUGUCUUCUUGGCUCCCAUUGGGAAAACUGUAAAAUAACG